CAACAAUUAACCAAAAUACUUCUUGAAACGAAUCACUGGUUUUUCUUCCCCAGUUUAGUUUUUUGUCACUUUUGAUUUGUGAAACAUAUGGGUGUUUCUUUAAUGGCUUAUUUUGUGACCAUUUUUUGGCUUUUGCUUUUCUGGGUCACUGCACUCUCAGCAAUUCAGGGAAGCUAUGACCAGAACUACGCGAGAUCAAUUCUGAGCUCAGCCAAAAAAGAUAGAGACUGGUUAGUUUCUAUAAGAAGGAAAAUCCAUGAAAACCCAGAACUCCGAUUCGAAGAACACAACACCAGUGCUCUCAUUCGUAAAGAACUCGAUAGACUUGGCAUCUCUUACACUUACCCACUUGCCAAAACCGGUUUGGUUGCCCAAAUUGGCUCUGCUUCUCGCCCUGUUGUGGCUCUUCGUGCCGACAUGGAUGCCCUUCCUUUGCAGGAGUUGGUUGAGUGGGAGUAUAAGAGCAAAAUAGAUGGGAAAAUGCAUGGAUGUGGACAUGAUGCGCAUACAACAAUGCUGCUCGGUGCUGCUAAGUUGCUCAACGAAAGGAAAGAUAAUCUUAAAGGAACUGUGAGACUUCUUUUCCAACCAGCUGAGGAGGGAGGUGCGGGUGCAUCUCACAUGAUAAAGGAAGGUGCUCUUGGUGAUGCUGAAGCAAUAUUUGGGAUGCACACUGACUGUACAAGGCCCACAGGAAGCAUAGCAACCAUUUCUGGACCUGUUCUAGCUGCGGUAUCCUUCUUUGAAGCAAGAAUAGAAGGAAAAGGUGGGCACGCUGCAGAACCGCACACUAGUGUGGAUCCAAUACUCGCUGCAUCAUUUACAAUUUUGGCAUUGCAACAGCUCAUCUCGAGAGAAGUAGAUCCCCUCCAAAGUCAAGUACUAUCUGUUACUUAUGUCAGAGGUGGGACAGCAUAUAAUAUAAUUCCAUCAUAUGUUGAGUUAGGGGGCACUUUAAGGAGUCUUACAACUGAAGGCUUGCACCAACUCCAGCAGAGAGUAAAAGAGGUUAUCAGAGGACAGGCAGCAGUACAUAGAUGCAAAGCACAUAUUGAGAUAAACAAGGAAGGGGAACAACCAUAUCCAGCUUGCGUAAAUGACGAGGGCCUACAUCAGCAUGUGAAAAGGGUUGGCGGACUCUUGCUGGGUCCUGAGAAUGUCAAGAUGGGCAACAAAGUGAUGGCAGGUGAGGACUUUGCCUUCUAUCAGGAAAUGAUUCCUGGAGUCAUGUUUAGUAUCGGAAUAAGGAAUGAAAAGCUCGGUUCUGUUCACUCCCCACACUCUCCUCAUUUUUUUCUUGAUGAGGAUGUCCUUCCAAUUGGGGCGGCAUUACACACUGUUCUUGCUGAGAUGUAUCUAAAUGACCACCAAGAAUCUGUUUUGCUGUAAAGGUUUCAUAUGGAAAAUUAGAUGGUCAACCUGGGUAAUCUCUUAUAGUUCCACAUUACUAUUACUCAAACACUUUGGAAUGCAUACAACACAAAUGCAAAUGUUGUGUAUGUUAGUAGAAUUGUGAUUUGUAAUUUCUUUUAAUAUUGAUGCAUACUUGAUGGUUGCACAUCGUAGUCGGGGCUUUGUUAAAUGUUAUUGUUGAGUACCUUCUCCUUUCAUUUUGUGCUGGGUAUUUAUAGGUUCCAUGUGUUAGACUUAUUAAUUAUGAACUUUGUAAUUUCUUUGAAUUAUUUAUUUAUAUAAUCGUGAAUUAUUGACAGAA